GUCGGGCUCGUCGCUAGCGGCUUGCUCGUCGUGUAAUCAGGUCUAAACCCCCCGUCUAAGGCUUAUAUCGUUCCUCGGACACCGUCAUCAUGGCUCUCUCCGCCUCUGACCUCGCCAAGCGCCACAACCUGGAAGGUGCCCCGGACCCGUUCCCCGCGUUCAAGGAUGAGCCCGCGAAGAACAAGAAGGUGCCGGCUCAGGCCGAGCUCGACACGGAGUCCGCGUUCCCUGCCCUCGCUCCGAAGUCCCCUUCCCCGGCCCCGGUGCGCUCUGCCUGGGGCGCGGGUGGUCCGCGCAUCAAGCCCGCUGUUGUCAAGGCACCCACGUACACGGACACGUUCACGCUUACCAGCGUGAGCCUCCCGGCGAACAAGGAUGGCAAGACGCUCUCGCUACAGGAGGUCCUCAAGCAGGUCAUGGCCAAGCACAAGGUCAGGAUCGACGCAUCUGGUCAGAAGGGCGGUCAGACUUUCUACCUGCGCUCCGAGAGCCCCAAGGAAUUGGAGAAGGGAAAGCGUAGCCUCCUGGCUUCCCUCAGCCCGGUGAUCUCUAUCGUCGUGGACGCCCCCGCCUCUACCAUUCCUACCAUCAUCGGUCCCAAGGGUAUCACUCUCAAGGGUAUUCGCGACCAGACCAACGUCAGGAUCGACAUCCCGCGUCGCGAAGAGACUCUUAACGUGCCCAACGGUCAGGCGAACGGACAUGCCUCUGGCAAGGCUACUCCCAUCGACGACGAGGACGAGGAACCUACGAUCCCCAUCACCGUGCAAGGUCCCGAGACCGCCGUGUACGAAGCCAAGGCUCUCCUCAACCAGAUCAUCGCAUCGAAGACUUCCAAGAUCACGAGGCGCGUCCGCGACAUUCCUGCGCACAUCCUGCCGUUCAUCGCUAUCCGUGAGGGUUACUACAAGAGCCUAGGUGGCGAUGGUACCGAGCUGUCCUUCGGGUUCGACUUCAAGGCUCGUGAGGUCACGGCCUCUGGUGAUCGCGAGGCUGUUGUUGCUGUCAUUGAAAGCGUCGAGGCAUCCGUGGAAGGCUACAAGACUGCGCUCACGUCGUUCAAGCUCAACUUGCCCAAGCGCCAGCACGUCCUUCUGCGCGGUGACUUUGCUAAAGAGAUCCUCAUCAAGAGCCAGUGCUCCAUCUCGGUCCCUGCUCCGGAAGACCCCACGGACGAGAUCACCGUCUGGGGCAAGCAAACGGACCUCUCCAAGGGUAUGGAAGUCGCGCUCAGCCAGGCCAACUCGAAGUACAUCCACGACUUCCCGGUCCCUUCUACUGGCCCAGGUACUGCCAAGCAGGUCGUCACGUACAUGACGCGCAUUGGCUACCCCAAGAUCCUGAAGGCUGCCCACCCCGGUGUCUCCGUCUACCUCCCGUCUCCGGAAGCUGCGAACUUGAGCAUCGUCAUCGCUGGCGAAAAGCCCGCCGUCGACGGUGUCAUCGGUCAGGUAUCGGCGCUGAUGGGUAAACUCUUCAACGGCACCAAGGAACUCCCCAUCGACUGGCUCCUCCACCGCAUCAUACAGGGUAAGAACGCUAAGAAGAUCAAGCAGUUCCACGAGCAGCACAACGUUCAGGUCUUCUUCCCGCCCGAGUCGCAGGAGAAGUCUUCUGUCCUCCUUGUCUACGACCCGCUGUCGCCCAACUUCUCCGUCUCCCUGGAUGAGCGCCUCAAGCAUCUUGACGAUGUCAGCAAGGACCUUCAGAAGUUCGCCCGCGAUGCCGCCGAUGUGAAGAGCGAGACCGUGCCCGUAGAGAAGCGCUGGCACUCGGCUGUGCUCGGUGUCAACCGGACUACUCUGAAUGCUAUCAUUGGCGAGGACAAGGCCCUGUCCAUCAAGGUCGGCGCAGAGGCCAACGCGGACACGGAGGACGUCAUCGUUGUUCGUGGUGUGCGUGCCGACGUGGACCGCGCUGUUCAGGAGAUUCGCAAGAUCGUCGAGGACGCGAAGAACGACGAGAUCGACAACAGCUACUCCACCGAGUUCGACAUCGACCGUGAGUUCGUCGCGCGCGUUGUUGGGUCGCAGGGCUCCGGCAUCAACAAAAUUCGCGAUCUUCUCGGCGUCAAGGUCGACGUGUCCGACGAGGAAACCGAGAAGGACGGUGCCGGGGGUAAGAAGAAGAGAGGAGCCCAUCAAAAGGCCAAAGUCACGAUCGUCGGUCGCAAGGAGAAUGUACACGAGGCCAAGAAGAGGAUUCUCGGGCAGGUCGAGCGUCUGGCGGAUGAGACGCAAGAGAUCCUGAAGAUCCCCACCCAGUAUCACUCGGCACUCAUCGGGUCAAGCGGCAAGUACGCCAUCCGUCUGGAGGAGAAAUACUCCGUCAAGAUCACCUUCCCUCGCCAUAAUGAGGGCGGCGACAAGACGCGUGAGCAGCUCAAGCCCGACGAGGUCCUCGUCAAGGGUGGCCGCAAGGGUGUCUCCCAGGCCAAGUCGGAGCUUCUCGAUGCCGUCGAGUUCGAGAAGGAGUCAAACAACGUCAUCAAGUUCACCGUGCCUAACCGCGCCGUGCCGCGCAUUCUCGGGCGCGGCGGUGCCAGCAUUAACGACAUCAAGGACUCGACCAGCACCCAGAUCGACGUCGACAAGGCCGACGACAGCGAUGGUAGCCUUACGCGCAUCACCAUCCGUGGCACCAAGGAGAAUAUCAACGCGGCCAAGAAGGCGAUCCUCGAGAUUGCUGACCAGGUUCAUGAGGAGGCCACGGUGAUUGUGCCGAUCGAGAACAAAUACCACCGCACCUUGAUUGGUGGGGGUGGUCAAGGCUUGCGGGACCUGGUCGCGCGUGCCGGUGGCCCUACGGAUCCCAAGCUUCAGGCUGGCUUGAUUCGCUUCCCUCGCCCUGGUGAGACUGGCGACGAGGUCCGCAUUCGCGGCGACCCUAAGCUCGUCAACAAGCUCAAGGCCGAGCUCGAGAAGGCCGUGAAGGAGUUGAGCGAGCGGAUCGUCCUGGCUGUGGAGGUUCCGGCCGCCCAGCACCGCGCGCUCAUUGGUCGUGGGGGGCAGCACCUCAACGACUUGCAGAACCGCACCGGCGCGCAGGUGCAGUUCCCCGGCUCCAGGUCAUACUACCAGGUUGGCGAGCCAUUGAAUGCGUCCGAAUUCGAGGGCGUCGAUCAGGCCAACAUCGUCAAGGUUUCUGGGUCCAAGGAGGCUUGCGAGAAGGCCGUCGAGGAGCUCAAGAGCCAGGUCAGGAAGGCGCCUACUCCCGUCGAGACCAUCACGGACACAAUCACUGUACCGCUCAAGUACCACCAUGCCAUCUCGCAGCAGGGUGGCUUCUUCCGCGGCUUGCGUGCGUACGGCGUUCAGGUUGACCAGUCUGCCAACCCGAAGAAGUCAGCGGUUCCCUCGCGUCCGCCUGCCAACGGCGGCGCCUCCGACGCGCGCAUUGACGACGCCGUCGAGGACGAGCAGGCCCCGGCUUACCAGUGGGAGGUCACGACCAACUAUCAGGACGCCGAGGAGGGUGAUUCGGUUUGGACGCUGAAGGCUCGGGACCAGGAGGGUCUUGAUAAGGCGAAGGCCGCGGUCGAGGAUGCCAUCAAGGCAGCGGAGCGCAUGUCGCACGUCGGCUUCCUCACGCUGCCCGAUCGCUCGGUGUUCCCGCGCAUUGUUGGCUCAAAGGGCUCGACGGUUGCGCGCCUGCGCAACGAGACGGGGGCCGACAUCACUGUCGGCCGUGAAAACAACACGAUCGUCAUCAUUGGUUCUGAGAAUGACAUCGUUGCAGCGAAAGACGCUAUCCUGCGUAUAGUGUCUGACAAUGGAGGACGGGGCGGCCGUCGCAGGGAUUGAUCGGUGCAUACAUCUUGCAUAUACAGUACUUACAGCGGAAGGAAUAAGGGCAUGUACACCGACUAUGUUGACGGCAUUUGCAUAUAUGUCUCCUGUAAAAGCUGAGCGAGGGACAGGGUGAAG